AUGCGCUCACUGCAGAGUAAGGUCUCGGGCCUACCCUUUCGGUUUUCGAAAUUUUAUCCCAUUCACGCCCCUAUCCCUGCUUCGAUUCGCCUCGCCAGCCUGUCAGCGAUUCAUCGUGGGCUUCGCCGAUCAGAAAGGGUCCAAUAUGGAGAAGUGAGGCCCCGGGCACCAAGCACGCGAGGACGCCGCGAUGACAAAGAAUCCCAGAGCCUCACUGAAAAGGCUCUUGAAGGGGCCGGCUCAAAGCGACAGCAAUUGAGGCUAAUAAGAAAGCUUAAGAAAAAGGAAGAGGAAGAGACUGGUACAGGCCGGAAGACAAGGCGCAAGCAGUUCAACGACCCUGACUCCGAAUUUGGCAAGAAAAGCCUUGUAUAUCAGAUGAAACAUGGCUCACUUCAGCAUCUUGUCAGUAAGAUUGAUGAGCCGGUACGGCCUCGUCCCAUAAGAGGGGGCUUCAGACGUGAACCACGAUACCCACGAGACAAUGCGAACAUGCCACCCGCCACCAAGCUUGAUAGACCAUCAAGCGCCGACUUUGCAAAACGAUUCCACGGCAAUGUCGAAGAUACUCAAUCUACGGAGCAGCCGAGGGCUUUUCGACGUGGACCAACGAAUUCAAGAUCUAGCAGAGAUGGUUUCAACUUAUUCAGUCGGCAGAGACGAGAGGAUCCCAACAGUGCGUUCAAGAUGACGAUGCCUGCACCGCGUGAAAGACUUGGAAAAUUCAUGCCCAUGACCAUCAAAUACACCACUGCGGCAUCCCAAUUCCUAUACGGAAAGUCAGUCGUCAAAGCGGCGCUGGACCAAGGAAGGAGGAAGCUUUACAACCUGUACAUUUAUGGUGGUGAAAAUCGACAGGAAUCGAAGGAUAACGAAAUAAUUUCGAGGCUUGCAAAAAUGCAAGGCGUGCCCAUCACUAUUGUCCCAACCGAAGACCAGCGCCUCAUGGACAAGAUGAGCCAGGGCAGACCCCACAACGGCUUUGUGCUAGAGACAUCACCCAUCCCUCAACUUCCCAUCACUGCUUUGGGUCCGCUCGAGGAAAACCCCUCUCGGCUGGGGUUUCACGUCAAGCUUGAUCAUCAAAGUAAAGAGGAGGAGGCCGUGAAUGGCACUGAAUCGUUCAUUACUCGGUCAAGCUCCGUCACCGCCAAGCCCUAUGUAUUACUCCUGAACGAAAUCCUUGACCCGGGAAACCUCGGUGCUCUUCUACGAACUGCGAGCUAUUUCGGAGCCGAUGCGGUUGGCAUCACAAAUCGCAACUCUGCCAAGCUCAGCCCAGUUGUUUUAAAAUCUGCUGCCGGAGCUGUAGAAGAGAUGACCAUCUUCACAGUCGACUCCCCGGUAUCCUUCCUCGAAGAAUCAAGGAAAGCCGGUUGGGUAUCAUAUGCGGCAGUAGCCGCUCCGGAUAAGAAGCUGGCUCAAAAGCAUGGUGGCAAAUUCAUCUCGUCAAGUGAUGUCGAGUAUGAUCAGCCGCUCAAUGAGAAGCCAUGCAUCCUAGUUUUGGGCAAUGAAGGCUACGGGCUCUCAAAGGACCUAAAAGUCGCGGCAGACUAUGAGCUUUCCGUUCCUCGUUUCCUUCAGGACAGUUGCAUCGAUAGUUUGAAUGUCAGCGUCGCUGCUGGACUACUUUGCCAUUCCUUUGUUAAGGGACAAACAAAAUCCAGGGUUAAACCUUCAAAGAAGAAAGCCCCUUCAGACACUACUGAACCUUCCCAAGAGAAAGUGGAGGAUUCAAUAUUUUAG